GGCACUUCGAUAACGAUGAUGCGAUGUCUCUCAUGUGGGGAGAUUCAUCCUUUGUGUUUUGGAACUGAGCCUUCCCCGUGUUUGGAGAGUUUCCUGCUGUCUGUUUAGCUCAGCCAGCCUAGAAGCUGGAGAGAGACCCGGCAGCCUGGAUUCAUUUUUUGUCUUGGAAAAGUAUUUCACGGCUUCGAGGAAUCGUGAAGUCCCUCCUGAACACAUUGUGAAAUUGUUUUUACACUUUUCUUUUUGAAUUUUUCUAUUUAAAUGCCCAAAAGGAGGUGUCUAUGUCAAAGAAGGCUUCUGAUUUCUGAGGCUGGCAAGGGCAUAAAAUGACAUGAGAAUUUCUCUGCAGAAUUCCAAAUGCAGGCAAGAUUUUUCCAAGGACCUACUAUGUUUGAAACACCCUGCAGGGAUGUCCUAGAGAAUCUGAAGUUCUGGCUUAACCCUUGAAACUUUGAAAGCAAACCAUGGCUGAAAAAGAAAGAUGAGCAUCUUGAGGUUCCCUCUGGAAAUGACUGAGGUUUGCCACAACAUUUGGCACGUUUGGCUUUUUCCAUCAACAUUUGGGGUCUUCAUGUGCUGUCCGGCAUCGACUGCAGGUCAGAUGGAGCUUAGGAAGACAAGGGAGCCUAGUAAUAAACGGGUCAAACCCCUUUCCAGAGUCACGUCACUAGCAAACCUCAUCCCUCCUGUGAAGGCCACUCCGUUAAAGCGCUUCAGCCAAACACUGCAGCGCUCCAUUAGCUUCCGAAACGAGAGCCGUCCAGACAUCCUCGCUCCGCGACCCUGGUCCAGAAAUGCCGCCCCCUCGAGCACCAAGCGAAGAGACAGCAAGCUGUGGAGUGAGACCUUCGAUGUGUGUGUCAACCAGAUGCUUACGUCCAAGGAAAUCAAACGUCAGGAGGCGAUCUUUGAGCUUUCCCAAGGAGAAGAAGACUUGAUAGAAGACUUGAAAUUGGCAAAAAAGGCCUAUCACGACCCCAUGUUGAAACUCUCCAUAAUGACAGAACAAGAGUUGAAUCAAAUUUUUGGAACACUGGACUCUCUAAUUCCUCUACAUGAAGAGCUCCUUAGUCAGCUUCGAGAUGUUCGGAAGCCUGAUGGCUCUACUGAACAUGUUGGUUCCAUCCUCGUGGGCUGGCUGCCUUGUCUCAGCUCCUACGACAGUUACUGCAGCAAUCAAGUAGCUGCCAAAGCUCUGCUGGACCACAAAAAACAAGAUCAUCGAGUCCAGGAUUUCCUGCAGCGAUGUUUAGAAUCCCCUUUUAGCCGCAAACUAGAUCUCUGGAAUUUCCUCGAUAUUCCAAGAAGUCGCCUGGUAAAAUACCCUCUGCUUCUUCGAGAAAUCCUGAGACACACACCAAAUGAUAAUCCAGAUCAGCAACACCUGGAGGAAGCUAUAAACAUCAUUCAGGGAAUCGUGGCAGAAAUCAACACCAAGACUGGGGAAUCUGAAUGCCGCUAUUAUAAAGAGCGGCUUCUUUACUUGGAGGAAGGCCAGAAAGACUCCCUGAUUGACAGCUCGAGAGUGCUGUGUUGUCAUGGCGAACUCAAGAACAACCGGGGCGUGAAACUGCAUGUUUUCCUGUUCCAAGAAGUGCUUGUGAUCACUCGAGCUGUCACCCACAACGAGCAGCUCUGCUACCAGUUAUACCGACAGCCGAUCCCUGUGAAGGACCUCCUCCUGGAAGACCUGCAAGAUGGAGAAGUGAGGCUGGGUGGCUCUCUGCGAGGGGCAUUCAGCAACAAUGAGAGAAUUAAAAACUUCUUCAGAGUAAGUUUCAAAAAUGGAUCCCAAAGUCAGACCCACUCACUACAAGCCAAUGACACCUUCAAUAAACAGCAGUGGCUCAACUGUAUUCGUCAAGCCAAAGAAACAGUCCUGUGUGCUGUUGGACAGGCUGGGGUUCUUGACUCUGACGGACCGUUCCUGAAUCCUGCCACCGGGAGCAGGGAGCUACAGGGAGAAACAAAACUUGAGCAGAUGGACCAAUCGGACAGUGAAUCAGACUGUAGUAUGGACACAAGUGAGAUCAGCCUUGACUGUGAGCACAUGGAACAGACAGACUCUUCCUGUGGGAACAGCAGGCACGUGGAAAGCAGCGUCUGACAGAAGCACGUACUUCCUGGAAGUAGCCCUGUGUCUUAUCCUGUACAGUGUUUGCAUUCCACACAUGGAACAGUUUGGAAAAGCACUUUUUAAUACUUUUGUGACCAUGUUGACCCAGUCUCUUGUAUCUGUACCUUUGUCCCUAGUACUGUAACUGCCAAUCUGUCUGUGUAAGCUGGAAUCGGUGGCAACUGUUAUCCUAUGUUGUAUUUCACAAGUGUCUGGAUGGAUGGAGAGGUACUUGAACAAGUUUUUUUUCAAAUGUCCUGCUGGAUUUUAUAAAAUAGAAAAAAAAAAUCUCUGAACUACUGUUUCAUGUAGAUUGCUUAAAGAGUUCUUCCAUGUUUCUAGCUCUUUGACAUGGAAGCUGAAGACACAGAAUUUAAAGAACCUUGCAGACAGGGCAUGAGGAAGUCAUUCGUGUAUCAUGAUGACAUUUGAAAGAAAACUGGGAAAGAUAAAUCCUUGCAACGAACUUAGUUCGAUGUUAUCUAAUCAGAAAGCACGUAAACAUCCCUGGAGAUUCUUGAGGCCUAAUUUUGCAAAGGAAGAAGCACUCUCUUGACCUUGCAAUGUCAUCCAGCAUAAAUUUGAUGCAAUAAUCUACUAAGACAUAAAAUAAGAGUCUUACCUUAAAAGGACCAGCACAAAAGCAGCUGUCAGCUCUGAAUCUUGAACUGAAAUGUGCAUUGCACCAGGGGGGCUCUGUCAUAGUUGUUGGCUUGCCUCAGAGAGCCAUUUCUUGCCUAAAACACGAGAAUAGAAUUCAAAGGACCUGGAAAACCCUGACAGGAUAACAAGAAAGCCCAUCUGCAUUUUGUUUCAUCUGCUGAUGUCUACUCAUAUUUUAGAGCAUGAAUAGAGAGAUGAGGAAAAGAGACUGAAACCGAGUCAGUGACUGUUUACAGAAACAUGCGAGAAGAAUUUGGAAGAAGUACUUCCUUGUGACCUGAUGUGAGAAACAUUAAAAGAGAAAAGCAAGGUCCAAUGCCCUUCUGGAAAAAUCCAGAGCUUUGGGUUGUCCUGCUCUACUUUUGGGUCCUGAGUUUGCUGUCUCCGGCUCUGUGCUGCGAUCAGAAUCAUAAUUACAUUCUUCAGAGGCCAACUUAAUUAACUCUAUGACUAAUUAGGAUCAGUUAGCCAAACUAGUAACCUCUUUGUCCAGCCCUGAUUUACAGUGCAGGGUGGGUCACAGAUCUUUAAAAAAGUUAACUGAAUACACAGAAAAGCUCCCUGUGAGUGUAAAUAUUAAGGAUGACCUGUGCAAAAUUAUACCCACACCAGCACUAGUAGUAAUGAUUCUAAAUUAUUGCCAAAACAAGUUUUUUUAAUCUUCUGUGUCUUUCAAGUUUACAGAAAGGAAAGCAGUAAAUACUAUGCUGUCAUUUUAUUAUGUACAUCUAUCACGUGCAUUCAGAGAAGCUGUGUGACAAGAUUUAUCAAUAUAAACACAAGGUAUAUUACUUAUUUUUCAAAAACAAAAAAAUACUGUGGUCAAUUUUACCCUGUAAACAUAUUUCUGUAUUUAUAGAUUUUAAACAUGGUGAUUUUUUUUCUAUUUCAAGUUUAUUUAAAUCUGCUUGUUUCUCAAGUUCUUAUUGAUUUAGUGAGUGAAUGAACCUGCUGCAGAGAGAAGCAGAGAAAAGUUGUUCGAUGAUGGGGAAAAGAAUGAAUCAUUCUUUGCAGGAGCCAUUGGCCACUUUAGCCAGUGUGUGGAGAAAAAAGGUCUGUCGAGUGCUGGCCUAUCGGAAGAAAGUCAAUGAAUGUUUUGAUGAAAUGAAUGUUUUUGUAUAAUGGCCUUAAACUUUUCUGAAAGCAUUUCAAAUAAAUGACAU